ACCAUCCAUCCAUCCGUCUAAACAUUCGCAUUUAUAAUAUUAGUAAGAAGUAACCAGAAAUGUCAACUGUCGUGAAACUUGUAUAUAAUUAUUAAUGUUAUUUUUUGAUAUAAUAUUUUGUUUCUUAUAUUCGCUUCGAGCUUAAUAACGCUUUUUUAUGCGAAUCUAUUUUUUACUUAUGAAAGUACAACUAUGGAGUUAUGAGUUGAGUCACCCUAGAACUACGUUACGUAAAUAUUGACCUUGACAGAGAAACAGUAGUCAAGCGGUCGCCGCACAAUUCACCCGUCUCUGUGCUAUAGUCGUGUUGUGGUCAUGUUUAAUUAAUAACGGGUAGUUUUUUCACAUAAAUCAGUAAAAUAUAUUACUAUUAAAUGGUUUACAUUGUUUUAAAUAUUAUUGAGACUAUAGAAGACUGUAAUUUGUGUUUUUCAAGACAUUUUAUCGGUUUUCCAAUAUCAUGAUGCGGUGUGUUUUGGGCGGAUGCGUUGCGCAUGUGCGGAAUUACUCGACGAAUUUAAAGUGCUCGAAAACCUAAUGUUUCCACAUUUCACGUAACGACAAACGUUUUUGUUUGGUUUAUACAGCGACGAUAAUUUAACAACAGAUACCACUGACCCGGUGAAAUCAGAUUUUGUGACCAAUGUCAGUAAAAAUCAAUAAGUUUAUAAAAUGUUUAGACAUGACGCGGCAGAAAUGUCUUUAUUUAUUCCACUGCGAUUUCGUUUCUCAUCGAUUUUGAUCCAGACAACAACCAUAAAAGUAUUUCUAUUGAUAAUUUCUAUCAGUUUCAUAAUAUCCAUAUGUGUUGUACAACUUACUAGUAGAGAUUACGUAUCUAUUAGUGAAAGUUCUAUACAAGAAGCACUGGAUAAUGUUGCAAAAGAUUUAAGAUACGUUGAUGUAUUUAGAAAAAAGAAUCGUCUCCCGAAAAAUCUCAAAUUCAUUCUACUAUGGACACCAAAAGAGUUUGCCCCGUUCUACAAUCUGGGAGAAGGGCAACGUGCAUUCAUUAAAAACAACUGUUCCAUGUCCAACUGCUACGUUACAGAUGAUAAAUAUUUCUUCGGUGAUGACGUGACUAAAUUCGAUGCCAUAGCUUUCAACGGUCGAAAUAUUAGAACUAUGUUAAAAUAUCAUAUACCAAAAAAACGAUCACCUCAUCAGAAAUAUAUUUAUUUUAACACAGAGUCGUCUGAUUAUUAUCCAGUUUGCAAUUCUAUGUUUGAUGGAUUUUUCAAUUGGACAGCGACAUAUAAAUUGAAUUCAGAUAUUUUGUUUACGUAUAUACAGAUAAGGAAUCGCAAUGGUGAAAUUGUUGGACCAAAGAAGAAUAUGGAAUGGGUGAAAGAUAUGUCAUUUAAAAAUGAUUUUUCUAUUGUGCAAAAUAAAAGUAAAGCAGUUGCCUGGCUUGUGUCGAAUUGUAACAGUAGAAAUAAAAGAGAGGAUGUUGUGACGCAGCUACAGACGUAUUUACGACAUUAUGGAUUAACUGUAGAUAUAUAUGGAGAUUGUGGUUCUUAUAAAUGCCCAAGUGAAGCUACGAACAGUUGUGCUACUAUGUUGGGACAGAAAUAUUAUUUUUAUAUGUCUUUAGAGAAUUCUUUCGCAGAAGAUUAUGUGACUGAGAAACUUUUAACAGCUCUAAAUUAUAACAUGAUACCUAUCGUUUACGGCGGUGCAAAUUAUUCAAGGUUUCUACCUCCGAACGCCUAUCUGGAUAUUUUGAAGAUGAGUCCUAAGGAAUUGGCCGAUACCAUAGCGCAAUUAAUGAUUUCACCAGAUCAGUAUGUUAGAUAUUUCUCAUGGAAAUCUCAGUAUACUUACGUGGACCCAUCAAGAUCGGACAACGUGUGCGCAGUAUGUGCCGCUCUUAAUAAUAAAACCAUGAUGGAGCAGAGAAUGGUUUACAAUAACUUUAGGACCUGGUGGAACCCAGCUUUUAGUGAUCGUUGUUAAUGUAUUUUUAUAGAUUGUUACCGCGUGUUAUAUGUGUUUAGAUAAGAUAGUUUUUGUGAUGUAUCUACGAAUGUUACUAUAAUCCAAAGAUAGAAAUAAUUACGUGUUAUGUUUUAUAAAUAUAACUGUUGUUAAUUGCUACGUAAGAGUAUUUGUCGUUCUUUAUUAAGUAUUCAAAAAGUUUAUAUAUUGUGUGUUACCUCUGCAUAACUUUAAAUUUUAUUUUCCACUGCCGUCCAGAAUCUAUAGAGUGGUGCUAAA